CCUCCUCCCUCCACCACCUCUCCUCGUCUCUCGACACCGCACACCAUGGCGAAUCAGGGCCUCUCUCCCGCGCAUGCGCACGCCAACCUCCUCCAGAGGUACAUGGACCUGCCCCAGGGCGACAAGAUCCAGGCUGAAUACGUCUGGAUCGAUGCCGACAGUGGCCUCCGCUCCAAGACCACGACCCUCGACGGCCCGAUCACGUCGGUCGACGAGCUCAAGGAGUGGAACUUUGACGGCUCCUCGACUGGCCAGGCCGAGGGCGGCAACUCGGACGUCUUCCUUCGCCCGGGCGCCUUCUUCCCCGAUCCGUUCCGCCGCGGCAACAACAUCAUCGUCAUCUGCGAGACCUACAACAACGACGGCACGCCCAACAAGUUCAACCACCGCUACUCGUGCAUGAAGACGAUGGAGGCUGCCGCCAAGGAGGACCCGUGGUUCGGCCUCGAGCAGGAGUACACCAUCUUCGGCGCCGACGGUCGCCCGUACGGCUGGCCCGUCGGCGGCUUCCCCGGCCCGCAGGGCCCGUACUACUGCGGCGUCGGCGCCGGCAAGGUGUACGCGCGCGACAUGAUCGAGGCGCACUACCGCGCGUGCCUGUACGCCGGCGUCAACAUCUCGGGCAUCAACGCCGAGGUCAUGCCGUCGCAGUGGGAGUUCCAGGUCGGGCCCUGCAAGGGCAAGGACAUGGGCGACCACCUGUGGAUGGCGCGCUACCUCUUGAUCCGCGUCGCCGAGGAGUGGGGCGUCACCGUCUCGCUCCACCCGAAGCCCCUCUCGGGUGACUGGAACGGCGCCGGCUGCCACACCAACUACUCGACCAACGGCACUCGCGCCGAGGGCGGCAUGAAGGUCAUCGAGGAGAUGAUCAAGAAGCUCGAGAAGCGCCACCUGCAGCACAUCGAGGUGUACGGCUCGGACAACGACCUGCGCCUCACGGGCCGCCACGAGACGGGCCACAUUGGCCAGUUCUCGUCGGGCGUCGCGAGCCGCGGCGCGUCGAUCCGCAUCCCGAAAUCGGUCGCCAUCGAGGGCAAGGGCUACUUCGAGGACCGCCGCCCGGCGAGCAACAUCGACCCGUACCAGGUCUGCGACAUCAUGGUCCAGACGACCCUCCUCUCGGCGUAGAGCCUCCCUUUCCUCUCACUCUCCCUCAUUCCCUGUGCUGUGCCUCUCUCUCUCUCGCGGACCCUCACCCAUCCCCUCAACCCACACUCUGUUUCGCCUCCCUCCCCCCUCCCCUCGACGCCGUCUUCGGCGCUCGACCCUGUUCUACCUCCCCCUGCCUCUGUUUUCGCUCGUUCUGCCUCGCCACCUUUUUGAGACUCUGAAGAAGAAAGACGACGGUCGGGCGUCGUGACGUGAAACCUCGUGGCGCUUUGCUGAGAA